AUGAAUGCAGUGCUUGCCACACGCAUCUCUCAAGCAAAGAAAAAGCUAGAAAAUGCAAAGUCCAAUGCCUGGAUAAGUUGUUUGAAAGAGUUGACUGAGACAAAUGUCCAAUCCGUUUCUCUUUCUGGAGAAAAUCACCAUGGUUUGGAUUUUACCAAUGGUUCAUCCGUAGAAGAAAACAUCAACAUGGUCAUUGAUGAGCCCAUAUAUGACUUUGAUCAGGAGGUUUCUAUGAACAAUGACUCAACAUUCAUAGAGGCGGUUGAGGACGUUGAAAAUGCUUCUUCCAAGCUGGUCUAUGACUUUAGUACUCCUGCUCCUGUUCCUGGCUAUGAUGAUGCUAAGAAUCUCGAGUUUAUGAAGAUCGUCAAGGAGUUUGGCAUUUCCCAGAAGGCCCAUAUUAGCCUUGCAAAACACUUUAACAAUAUUCUCAGCACGUCAAAUGAGAUUUUGUACAGAGCUUGCUCUCCUUAG